AAUACAGAAUGUGUCGUUUACAGAGCAAUAACUUUCGCGCAUUCGCAUUGUGCACCGGUUAGAACGAAAAGAAGAAAAAUAACAAUGCCAUUACAAUUGUGUUCUUCGUGCUGGUUGUGUACGGAAGUAGAAAACUUGUUCUUGUUUCAUCAAUUGAAUUUAGAAAAAAAUCCCGAAUUAACGCUUAGAUCAUGAAAACGUUUGCCAUGAAACAUUAAAUAUACUGACGCACAGAAAUCGCAACCGUCGUAAAUCAAACAAUGGCUCGCAAACCAGAAACACAGCUACAAAAUACUCCUGUAGAUAUAAUAUCUGCCGUAAAGUUCUCACCUAAAAUAAACAAGUUUUUAUUGGUUUCUUCGUGGGACACAACAGUCCGUCUUUAUGAUGUUGUUAGUAAUACCUUACGACAUAAAUUUAUACAUUCUUCACCGGUAUUGGAUUGCGCUUUUUUGAAUUCUACAAAAACAAUCAGCGGUAGCUUGGAUAACGUGGUCAAGUUGUAUGAUCUCAACGCUAGUGCUGAAGUUACGCUCGGCAAUCACACCGCAGGAGUAAAAUGCGUUGAAUAUUCAUCAAAGCUUAAUACUAUCCUUACGGGCAGCUGGGAUCGAACGGUGAAGCUUUGGGACGUGCGUGAAAAGGAAUGCGUAGGAACAUACGACCAAAGUAAUGGUAAAGUUUACUCGAUGAGUAGCAUUGAUGAGAAGCUUGUGGUAGCCACUUCGGAACGUAAGGUGUUAAUAUGGGAUUUGCGCAAGAUGGACAGCUAUGUUGAGCGACGGGAAUCAUCGUUGAAGUAUCAGACACGUGCUGUCCGUUGCUUUCCGAACAAGGAGGGCUAUGUGAUGAGCUCAAUCGAGGGAAGAGUUGCAGUAGAAUAUUUUGAUCCUAACCCCGAAGUUCAGAAGAAGAAGUUCGCCUUCAAGUGUCACCGUGCAAAGGAAAACGAAAUGGAGCUUAUCUAUCCUGUGAAUGCCAUCAGUUUUCACAGCGUUUAUAACACGUUUGCCACUGGUGGGUCGGAUGGUUAUGUUAAUAUAUGGGACGGAUUUAACAAGAAACGAUUGUGCCAGUUUCACCUCUACGAUAGUUCCAUUUCAAGCUUAUGCUUUAGUGAUGAUGGUAGUACGUUAGCGAUAUCUUGUUCCUAUAUGGAUGAAGCGGAAAAUGCUCCGCAGCCACCUCCACAACCUACACUUUACGUUCGCUAUGUCAAUGAACAAGAAACGCGACCGAAAUAGUAGUUAAGGAAUUAAAGAACUUGAUUCUUUAAAACCGCACCUUAGCUAUACCUGUUUAUAAUUACAGUGGAUUCGUCCUUUGUUUGCUUUGAAUUGAACGGCGCUUGGUUUGAUUUGCAUGGGCGAUUCGACUGUAACCAUAAACAGAUGUAUUUUAUUUUUACCUGCCUGAAAAAUGCCAUGGAAAACGUCAAGACUCAUGAAAAUACUCCCAUCAUAAUACGCCUUCUAGUAUCAGUUGAUUGCUUUCAAAUGGAGCAAUAAAAACUCUCCUUCUUCCUUGGCACUACAACCUCGUGAGGUCUCGGUCUCGGCCUGCCAUUGCUGACUUUCUGUGACUUAAUUUUACCCGUAGUAAAGUAUUCAGCCCUACGUAGGGGGAGGCGGUCUGGAUGGGAUUUGAACUCCGAUCCUGGCGUGUGAAGACCGGCUCCGCCCAAAUAGCCAAAUUAUCUUAAGCAGCCAAUUUCAGCACGCUAUAGAUCGCUGAUCUAAUACUUCUUUUGCAGUAGAUAAGCAGCGUCAUAGUUCCUCGAACUUUUAACCGGGCCUUAAGCAGCUUUCGUAUAUCGAGCUGUUAAAGAAAGUUUUUAUGUGCUAUUUAUUUUCAUGCAAGGCAUCUGUUUCGGGAUUUCAAUCAGCUGAUCAUCUUCCGAACUAGAGCUGUCGGAUAUAUCGAUUGGAAUAUCGAUUAUCUCGCAGUCGUCUUCGUUCUCAAAUAUUUCACGCAUAAUUUAAGCAUGCUUUAUAAAACAAUUUCCCAAUUUUUUUACACACUUUCAACACAUCUUUUUUCCACACAAUGUUUUUCUGACGACGCAUCGCAGAUAGCAAUGUCCUAUUGACAUAAUCCUGUAAACAAACAACUUGAAGGGCCAUCUUUCACUCUUAAAUGGGCAUAAAGUUACAUGAAGUACCUCAUGCUUUUUAAUAAGCCGCAUAGUUCGGAUGAACACUCUGCAUAGUUUAUAAAUAAGCUUUAUAGUUCCAUCGAGUUCCAAGUGCAAGUAGAAAAGCUUCAUAGUUCCAUCAAGUUCCACGCUCUUUUUAACUUGCCUCAAAGUUCGGCGCUGGUACGUUUUUUCCUUAAGCAGCCCUCAAGCAGCACGAUAGUUCGAUUUCUUUAAUUUUGGCUAUUUGGGCGUUAUCGCUGCCGUCCCGUCCCAGCAAUAAAAACAGGUUCCCAAAUUAUUAUUUUACAUAUUCUUAAUUUUGAUUGCUAGUCGUAGGUUGUAGGGAAAAUGUACACGAUUUAUUAAAAGUAUGUGCGGAUAAUCCAAACGAGUAUUUCCAGGUUAUAAAAUAACAACCGGGCAGUCCGGUGGCAGAGUUGACAGCGGCGCCGGUCGUCACAUGGCGGUUUCCCCGUAGUGAAGACUGACUAUCCAACUACGUGGUAUCACUGAGUCUAUUAAGCCAUACAUGGCAGGCAUAACCUAAGAGGUCGUUAGAAUAAGAAUAACCUAAGAGCUAGAAGAAGAAUAAGAAAAUAAUGCGGCUAAAGUAUGUUGUAUUUUGAAUAUUCAAUUCAAUUAAAUUCUACACAGAGGAGUCGACAAUAUAGUAACGAGGCGAAAACAAAUUUCUAAAUAUGUUGAAAAAUCUGUGAAUGGUUUUUUAAACCUUUCUUAACAGAAGCUUCGGGUCUCUAAGACUCGAAGAAUGAAUGAUCUUCAGUAAUUUUCAGAAUUGUAUUGUUUAAGAAAGUUUAAGCGAACGCUACGUGAUAAAGGAAACACUUUAUUUAUUGUAAUAUAUUGCAUUUGUAUUUUUUGAGACGAUGAUCAAACAUCUUCUACGUUCUGUAUUAUGUUCAUUUUAUUAAUGAUAUAAAGAAUGUAAAGGACGAAUGUAAGAAUGAA